AUGCCCGACAGUCGCGGCUCGUACGCCAGACUGAUGUCCAUGUGCGCUGUGAGCGCCCUUCGAAUCAAGAACGGGGCCGUCCUGAAUGAAAGAAGCGUACCACAUGAUCUGAAUCCGAGGCUCUACUUUGACGAGACUCUUCGUGCCCUUCCUGAUAACGUCAUUGAGUUUGAAGAGUUUGAAAGUCUUCAGGCCACUGGAAUUGCUUGCCUGACUGCCCUUCACUACAGCGAUGGACCUCUUCUGCACCAAGUUCUAGGCCUGUACCACGCUGUAGUAGCAGAGCAUGGAUUUUGCGAUGAAAAGAGAUGGCCGAGUGGUCUGUCUGAGGUUGAGAUAGAGGAACGAAGGCGGCUUUUCUGGCACAUGUAUCGCCUUGAAGUACAUACAUCUUUAGUCAUUGGACAUGUCGUUCGAUCCCCUGAGUUACAAUCAUCGGUCGCCUACCCCACGAUGCAGGACGCCGAUUUUGCUGAGUCUGAGGGCUGUGAUGAGCAGCAAUUAGAAUGGCUUAGCGGAUGGAAUUUCGUCACUGAUCUAUACAGAGGAAUUGAGCAUGUUAUUACCCAAUUCAGAUACCGGCGUGCAUCGACUGAUGUUAAUCGUCGAUGCCUCUCUACAUCCUUCGUCCUGGAUUAUGAUCCCCAAGAGAGAAUUCUGGAUCCACUCGCUGCAGAGCGAGAGGCCUUGCCUGACCGGUUCAAGAAAGCCAUGCCAGUCUCGUCAAAUGUUCGUUUGAAUCGAUGCGGUUAUCAGACGGCUAACAUUGCAUGCACAUAUCAGCUUCUGAGAAUGGUCACGUUCAGUGUCUACCAUACAACAACUCUCUACGAGGCGUGUCAGACAGUACUCGAGCUGAUAGACGAAAUAUCAAGCAUACCAAUUGACUAUCUUCGUGCGAUGGGAUUAGCUAUGUUACAAGAGAUCUCCGGAUUCGGUCAUAUAUUAAGCAGCUUCAUCAACGAAGGACUAUCCAAGUCCGACUAUUAUCAAUUGAGGACGGUUAUGCUUUGUAUGUCGGAGCUACUCGAAAGUCUUUCAUCCUGUAUGACAUCUGCCAUGGAAGCUAGUCAACGGCUACGUGCUUAUGUGGAAGAUAUUGAUCGAUUGCUUGACAUACCGCAGACUUCAAACAGAAAUACGCCUGUUGAAGAAUAUGACGGACAGUCCGAAGAUCAUGCCAAUGCACUGGAAUUAUUCUCUCAGCAAUUAAUGGUACCAUUGGACAUACUUCAGCGAAUUCCGUGGCCUGCAGCCUGGGAAGAAUCUGUGGGCCUUUUUUGA